AUGCCGACCUGUGUCCAUCAAGCUGAGAUGUCUAUCGCGAUUGGCCUGGGGUGUGCGAUGCGCGGCCACGCGCCGCUGUGGCGGCGGCUGGCGGUCGGCGCAGCCGCGCUGCUCGCCGCCGCAGCGCUCGCGGCCGCGCUCUGCUGGAACAGCAUCUUCGAGGCGGCUCUCAACUCGCAAAUAAAGCUCAACCCGCACUCCCGCGCUUAUAACGACUGGGUGGCGCCAUCCGUGCCACUGCUCUUCGACGUGUACCUCUUCAACUGGACCAACUCCGAGCGGUUUCCCGAAGAGAUCCCGAAUUUAGAGCAGCUUGGUCCAUACCGUUUCCGAGAGCGUCGGACGCACGUGAACGUCACGUUCCACCCUACGAACGGCUCCGUUUCGUACCGGACGCAGCGCAGCUGGUACUUCGACGAGACGAGCAACGGUACGCUGCAGGACAAUGUCACCAUCCUCAACGUUAUAGCCGCUUCUGCAAUCUACCGGUCCCGUCAUUGGAACUUCUUCAAGCAGAAGGGCCUGUCGAUGGUACUGGCGAUGUCUGGGCACGGGAUGACGACGUCCAGGCUUGUACGCGAGCUGCUGUUCGAUGGGUUUGAGGACCCCUUGCUGGAUAUGGCUAAGAGUCUGCCGGCCAGUGCCACUGGCGGCGCUCCCCCAGUUGACAAAUUUGGACUAUUUUAUGGGAGAAACAACUCAAUGGACACCGAGGGUCUGGUGGAAGUGACAACAGGAGAAUUAGGAGGGAUACCAGGACAAAUCCUUAGUUGGGACUACCACAAGAGCCUUCCGUGGUACGAAGGAGAAUGUGCGAAGAUAACAGGGAGCGGUGGCGAGUUCAUGCCCCACAACCUGACAGAAGAUUCUUUGCUCACAAUCUUCAUGCCCGAUCUGUGUCGUACUGUUCACUUGGAGUACGAGCAAAGCGGCCAGAUCGGUGGACUUCCUUAUAACAAGUACGCGAUGACGGACAUCAGUUUCGACAAUUCAUCUAGAACCCCACUGAACUCGUGUUUCUGCAACGGAGAGUGCGGUUGGGGCGGUGUAAUGAACGUGUCAGCGUGUCGCUUCGGCAGCCCGUCAUUCCUGUCUCUGCCCCACUUCCUGCACGGAGACCCCGAAUUGCGCGACACAGUUCGCGGCAUGCAGCCCGACCCAGAUCUGCACUCCUUUUACUUUGCCGUGGAACCUAGGUUAGGCGUACCACUCGACGUAGCGGGAAGAUUCCAAUUCAACGUGUUUAUCGAACCCAACCCUAAUAUUGCUCUCUACGAAAAGGUCCCCAAAAUGCUAUUCCCUAUAUUUUGGGUCGAGCAAAGAGUCAAAGUCAGUGAACCUGUCAUAUCGGAGCUGCGAACUGUGCGCGCCAUCUUGGAUUGGGGUGGGACAGUCUGCGCGUGCGCGGCUAUCCUAUUUGCGAGCUACGUCACCAUAGCAACGUGCUGCGCUAAGAAAUCUCAGUACUCCAAGCCUCAAGAGAUGAUCGUCUCGGAGAAGCCGAAAGAUGAAGCCGAAAUGAAGUUGAACUCUAUACGCGCGCGCCACCUCGCCGCAUCGCCACUUCGCCACGACGCCACGACGCCACCUCGCACGGACACCAUGUUGGCUGUGCUGUUCGCCAUUGCUGUUACAGCACCUUUGGUGUAUUCCGACGAAGAAAUUAUGAAGAAUCUGUCGCUUGUAACAUGGGCGCACGCGGUCAACAACAAGACGUACCUUGAAGCUGCAUUAGCAAGUGAGGUGUCAAUGCUAGAAGCGGACAUCGUCUUGGGCCAGGUUACGGGUAAAGACGGUCCGCCCGUACCGAUCAUGGCUCACCCCCCAGCCACUACAUCCGACAUCACCCUAGCAGACUUCAUGACCGCUGUGGCUCAAUAUAACAAUGUUAACCCCAAGCAGAAGGGAGUCAAGCUGGAUUUCAAGAGUAUCGAAGCAUUCGAGAAGUCUCAAGAGAUUAUAGCGCGAUUCAGCAAACCUGAGGUAACGUUUCCGAUGUGGCUGAACGCGGACAUUCUGCCCGGACCUAUCAAGGCAACAACCAAGCCCGUGGACCCGGAUAAGUUCCUCGAGCUGGGCUCCAAGCACUCUCGCGCGGUGCUGUCCGUGGGCUGGACCACCGCGCAUACCGGGAACAACGCGGAGGGGGAGUACAACCGGGAUCAAAUCGGAGCCAUGCUGCGUUUGCUGAACAACCAUCGGAUCAACCAAACUGUCACAUUCCCUCUGCGCGCCGGCCUUGCAUCGAACAGCCAGCCCGUAGUCCUCGACCUCCUGCGGGAGUCCAAGUACCUCAACUCGUCCAUGACGGUGUGGGCCAGUGAGGAGGACCCCAUCGAGGUGGAGCGGCUGCGGGCCCUCAUCCUCACCGUGGGCCUGGAGCGGACGUACCUGGACGUGCCGCGAGAGCUGGCUGCCAAGCUGAAGCUACCUACCCCAGAUGUUAAUGCCAAGCACUAAAUAAAUCGUGUUUAUUUAACGUUUA